AUGCAAGCGGCCUUGCUCGCAUCACCAGCACGGCACCCACCAGCACCCAUCGGUACAAGGCCGGGCCAGCUGCGGCCGGAACUCUUGGUGGGCGGAAGAGAAGAAGAGACUGACCAAAAGGUGUUUGAUAAUCAGCCUAUCACGCCCUCGACAACGGAGCAGCCUUCGUCCGUCCUGGCAUCACCGCAACCCAUCGAGACAAAGUGGCUCCUGGCCCUGACUGGCCCAACCCCAGUGCCGUCGUCGUCUACGUCGACUACGUCCACGCUGGUUACGGUCUCAGACGUGAUGGCGGACCCGGAGGAGGAGGCCAAGUACGUGGCCGCCAUGAUCGCAGAGCUAGAGGUGUCGCGCGGCGUGAUGGCGCCCUCGUCAUCGUCCUCUUCGCGGCUCGAGGCGCCGCCGUGCCACUACGCCGCGUACCUGUCGCGCGAGUACCGCGACAUGCUGGUCAUCAGCCUCUUCGUGACGUUCGUGGUCGUCAUCGUGUUGGCGGAGAUGUGGGAGAAGGUUGUGGAGUCCAGGAGGUCAGCAGCGGCGAGCAGCAGUCAAGCCGAGGGAGCACUGGAGAAGGGAGAUGCUGUCGCGUGUCGCCAUCGCAAGUGGAGGAUUGCCGAUCUGCGGGCAUGGCGGCGCGUGAGGCAGCUCCUGGGCCGCGAGGGCGCGAUCCGGCUCGAGGAAGGCGAGGCGCCCGUCCAACCACGGGGGAUCUCCAUCCAGGCUUCGUCCUACGUGCCGGUUACACCAGAGACGGUGACGCCAAUAAUGACGGCGACGACAACGCUCGAGACGAUUGACGAUAAGACGGAGCUGCUGCUUUAG